AUGAAGACCAUCUAUCCCUUGGUCGCGCUUCUUUCCGCGGCUAUUGUAGCCGCCGGGCCAAUCCCCAAGGCCGACAUUUCAGAGACACGAUCUAACGACUUAAUUCACGCUCCCCAGCGAGCUCGCACCGAGGCUGCUCCUGCACCUGCGCCACCUGCUGGGCACGUUGCAGCGGCUCCCGCACCUGCGCCCCCCGCAGAGCACGUUACGGCCCCUCCCGCCCCAGAUGCUGAAGCCCAGCGUCUGAAAGAUGAAGAGGCUAAGAAGGCUGCUGAUGCAAUGGAAGCCGAACAUGUAGCCAAGGCUGAGGCCGAAGCUAAAGCCCACCAGGAGGCUGCGGCAAAGAUGGAGGCAGAGCACGUAGCCAAGGCCCAGGCUCAAGACAAAGCUCACCAGGAGGCUGCGGCCAAGAUGGAGGCAGAACACGUGGCCAAGGCCCAGGCUGAAGACAAAGCCAAGCAGGAAGCUGCCGCCGCAAUGGAACAGAUGCAUGCCGAGCAAGAGAAGCAGAAGGCAGAAGAGGAGCAAAAGAAGGCAAAGGAGAUGGAGGCCAUGCAUGUUGCUCAGGAGGAAGCCAAAAACGCAGAGGACCAGAAAAAGGCAAAGGAAAUGGAGGCCAUGCAUAUUGCCCAAGAGGAGGCAAAGAAUGCUGAACAUAAGGCGGCCGCAGAUGAGAUGGAACGCAAGCAUCAGGAAGAAGCCAAACAACGUGAGAUGGCUCAUCAAUCAGCCGCUGCCGUGCCACCCCCAGCUGAGAUGCCACCUCCAGCUGCGACUCCUGAGCAUCCCGUCGCAAACGCUACCAGCGCUGCGAUGGCAGAGAUGACCAGUGCCGCUGUUGUCCAUCCACCUGCGCCAGCAGCUCCUCCAGCCGUUAGCCAUCCCGCACCAGCAGCCCCUCCAGCAGUCGUCCACCCUUCACCAGCAGCUCCUCCAGCAGUCGUCCACCCUUCACCGGCAGCUCCUCCAGCAGUCGUCCACCCUUCACCGGCAGCUCCUCCAGCAGUCAGCCAUCCUGCAGUAGCCCCUCCAGCAGCUGCCAACACUACCAUGGCCAUGCCUACGGCGGCACCUACAGUCUCGGAGAGCUUUAUGCUUGUUGAUGGACAGGCUAAGCCUACCGCGCACCCAGCCAACGCGACACAGGCGGCGGUCAGUUCAGCGGAAGAGAAGGUCGCUGAAAGCACAAUGGCUAGCAUCACUUCAGCAGCUAGCGAGCCAACUCCCGCGCCCGCUGCUCCAGUCGAGGAAAAGCCAGAGUCUGUUGCAGGAGCCAUGCCAGUCGAGACGCCCAAGCAAGAAGAGGCCCCAAAGCCAGAACAAGCUCCUGCUGAGGCCCCGAAGCAAGAAGAAGCCCCUGCUGAGGAGGCGCCAGCGGAAGAAGCUCCCGCUGAGGAAGCCCCGGCCGAACAAGCACCAGCGGAAGAAGCCCCUGCUGAGGAAACGCCAGCAGAGGAUGCACCAGCUGGGGAAGCCCCGGCGGCAGAGCCUGUUCCCGCUGCGGAGAACAACGCACCGUCCUCCGAGGUCGUCCAGUAUCCCGCUGGCUUUCUUAUCGGCCGUUCGCGCGAAUGA